AUGCCAGAUAUGUCUUCCCCGAGGCUUUUCCCGAUUGUUUUACUUUCUCUGUUCCUUUGUCUCGUAUCUGCCACGGCCGGGAAUUUCUAUCAAGACAUCGAUGUCCUCUUCGGGGAUUGGCGCACCCAAAUUCUUCAGGGAGGCGAGCUGAUCACGCUCUCUCUCGAUAAGGCUUCCGGGGCGGGAUUCAGAUCCAAGAACGAAUAUCUGUACGGAAGAUUCGACAUGAGGAUGAAAUUAGUCGGGGGAGAUUCCGCUGGCACGGUCACCACAUUUUAUAUGUCUUCUCAAGGACCAACCCACAACGAGAUCGAUUUGGAGUUUCUGGGCAAUUCAUCAGGAGAUCCGUAUGUUGUCCAUACGAACGUAAUCCUGCAAGGGAAAGGAGGCAAGGAACAAGAGUUCUAUCUUUGGUUCGAUCCCACAAAGGACUUCCAUUUGUACUCAAUCGUGUGGAACCCUAAGAACAUCAUACUUUUGGUGGAUGAAGUUCCAAUUAGGGUCUACAGGAACUGGGGAACGAAGGGAGUGCGAUACCCAUCCGACCAGCCGAUGAAGAUGUACGCGACCUUAUGGGACGCCGAAGAUUGGGCCACACAAGGCGGACGAGUGAAGACUGACUGGUCGAAGGCUCCGUUCAUCGCCUCUUACAAGGGCUACAACGCAAGUGCCUGUGUCUGGCCGUCCUCGUCCUCGAAUUGUCCCUCAUCAAGUCCGACACCGGGCAAUGAGUGGCAAAGCCAAACGCUCGGCGUUAAGGGCCGGAACAUGCUCCGAUGGGUACAAAAGAAGUACAUGAUAUACAACUACUGCACAGACUUUAAGCGGUACCCUCGACGCCUUCCUCGGGAAUGCAGGAAAUCAAGAUUUCUAUAG